AUGACCGGGAAGGCGAAGCCCAAGAAGCACACGGCCAAGGAGAUCGCGGCGAAGAUCGACGCGGCCACAACCAACCGCGGAGGGGGGAAGGCGGGCCUGGCGGACCGGUCCGGCAUAGAGAAAGGCGGGCACGCGAAAUACGAGUGCCCACACUGCAAAGUCACGGCGCCUGACGUGAAAUCGAUGCAGAUUCACCACGAAGCGCGUCACCCUAAGAUCCCCUUCGAGGAGGACAAGGUCGUGAACCUUCACGCCUCGCUCGUCACCGAAUCAUCGAAGACUCGACCCGGCGUUCGCGGAAGCCACAAGAAGUGA